AUGGAGGGCGGCGGCGGGUCAUACAGAGUCGAGACGGAGCGGUGGCUGACCAUCGCCGAGAAGCUUCUCGUCGCCCGAGAUCUCCAGGGUGCCAAGACGUUCGCGGUCCGCGCUCGGGAUUCGAGCCGGGAUUCCGACUCUGUCCUCCUCCAGUACUCCGACCAAAUCAUCGCCGUCGCCGACACCUUGCUCGCCGCCGAGCUCCGCGUCAAGGACCACAACAACGGCACCGAAACGCACGAUUACUACGCCCUCCUCCAGCUCCCCAGGCUGACUCACUCCAUGGACCUAAUCGCGACUCAGUACAGAAAGCUCGCUCUCAUCCUCAACCCUAGCAGGAACCGCUUCGCCUACGCCGACCAGGCAUUCCGCCUCGUCUCCGAUGCCUGGAUGCUCUUCUCCAACCCUCAGAGGAAGCCAAUGUACGACUCGCUCUUGCAGCCCGUACAGCUCGGUCUCUCCGCCGCUCAGUUCGCCGCCAACCAGGGUUUCAUUGACGCAGCCGCCGCCAUGCUGCCACAAUCUCAGGUGAGGAGUUCUACAAUCAACAAUAAUAGCGACGGUUCGAUGGUUGUGGAUCCCGAACCCGUGACGACGAAUCAGUGGGUUCCUGUCUCGACUCAGUCAACGCGACAGUACACUACUCAGGAGCAUCAGUUCACUAACUCGGCCGCGGCAGCCGCAGCCACUGCUACUUUUCCCACUCAGCCUUUCCUUGCUCAACAAACCAGACCAAUAGCUCAGCCAAAGCCGCAGCAGCAGCAGCAGCCUACUAGUACUGAGUCGCCACGACCAACUCAGCCGGUAUGGAUCUCUCAGCCUCCCGCCACUAAGCCAGCGGCAGCUCAGUCCCAACCAUCCAAAGCAACCACUGAAUCAAGCGCAAGCAGGGUUGCUCCACAGCGAGGCACUCCUGAGGCAGUCACGCCGGUUUCAAGCAGACCAGGAGCUCCACAGCAAAGCCCUCCACCUCCAGUGGCAGCCACGCCAGUUUCAACCCGACCAGCUGCUGCUCAGCAAAGCCCUCCAGUGGCAGCCACACCAGUUUCAACUCGACCAGCUGCUGCUCAGCGAACUCCUCCAUUGGCAGCCACCCCAGUUUCAACCCGAGCAGCUGCUGCUGCUCAGCGUAGCCCACCUGUGGCAGCCACACCAGUUUCAAGCCGGCCAGCAGCUGAUACUCCGCAGCAGAAGCAGACGUCGCAGCCUCAGGGGCCAAGUUUCUGGACUGCAUGCCCGUAUUGCUUCAAUCUAUAUGAGUAUCCAAAGGUAUACGAAGAGUGUGCCCUGAAAUGUCAAAGUUGCAAGAGAGGGUUUCAUGCGGCGGCAAUUGCAGCGCCGCCUGUGUCUAGUAAAGAUUCGUACUUCUGCUGUUGGGGUUUUUUCCCCCUAGGGUAUUUGGGUGGGAGCAAAGAUAGUGAAUUAGGUGGUAGUAAUUGGUCGCCAUUUUCAGCAAUGUUCCCCACGCCUGUGCAACCUGGUGUGAACUACAAAGUUCCUUCUUCUGCUGUUGCUGGUAAGGCUCCUCCUAGGCCGAAAGUUAUAUACAAAGACGAUGAUUACAUAGACCUUUCUGACUCGAGCGAUGAUGAUUAUUCUGGUGAUGAUAAGUCUGAUUCCGAUGAUGAUGAUUGGGAUAGGACUGUGAAGAAAGCCAAAACAACAACACCACCAGCAAGAAGAGGGAGACCCCCUAGUAAGAAUGUGAAGAAAGUUGAGAGAGGAAGAAAAAGGGCAAUAAGCCGUAAUGUAGAUGGCAGCGGCACUACUAAUGGUGUUGUUCAAAAUAAGGUAAUGGUGGGUGAAGGGAGUAGUAGUGCAAGGAAGAGCAAAGGGGGAAAGGACUUGGGGAAGUUGGAUUUGAAUGUAAUGUUUAGUAAUGAAGUAGAGGAGGCUGCUGCUGGUGUUAGCAGUGAAGGGAAUGAAGCUACUGCUUCACAUGGUGGGGUUGAAGAUAAUAUUGAAGGGAUUGGCUUUUUCGAAGGGCUCGACGAGUUCCUGAGUAGUUUGCCAAUACUUGUUGGAGAUGAUAAGGUGAAAGCAACCUAG